AUGAACAAUGGCAAUUCAAAUGAUUCACGCCUAGACGAGCAAUUUGUACCACCACUUCAAUCUCGUCGUUCUAAUAACGGAUGGCACACAAGAAAUGAAAGUGCAGCUCCAGCAGUAAAUUGGGAUACUCGCCAGACAUCUUUUCCUAGACCAGAUGCUUGGGGUGGUAGUCGUAGUGAAAUGGGAUAUUCAUCAUCAAGUCGUGGUGGUUGGAAUGAUCGUGCAUCAUCACAAGGUGAAAAUUGGAAUUCGGGUUAUAGAAAUACUGGCAGCAAUAGUGGAGGUGCUGGUCGUAACAGUCAUCGUGGUGGUAAUUUUGCUGCUGACGAUUUUUAUAAUAGGCGCGAUAAUGAUGGUUAUGGUAGUUGGCAUGAAGGUGCACAUACUAUUGCUCCAAAAAAUCAAAAAUUAGAAAGGGAUCUUUUUGGUAAUGCUGGUGACUUAGAUCGUCAACAUACUGGUAUCAAUUUUGAAAAAUAUGAUGAUAUUCCUGUUGAAGCUAGCGGUAAUAAUGUACCCGACUCCGUAACGCAGUUUACUAGUCCACCAUUAGAUACACAUUUACUUGCUAAUAUUGAUCUUGCACGUUAUAAUACACCAACACCAGUACAAAAAUAUUCUAUACCUAUUGUGACAGCAGGUAGAGAUUUAAUGGCAUGUGCUCAAACCGGAUCUGGUAAAACAGGUGGGUUUUUAUUUCCGAUCUUGUCAGAAUUAUUCAAGCAUGGACCACCAACUCCUCCACCAGAACCAACUGGCUAUACUCGUGGAAUGUCUCGUAGCCGAAAAGCCUACCCUGUAGCAUUGAUUCUUGCACCGACCAGAGAAUUGGCAUCACAAAUUUACGAAGAAGCAAGAAAAUUUGCAUAUCGUUCAUGGGUUCAUCCUUGUGUUGUUUAUGGUGGAGCUGACAUAUCCAGUCAGUUGAGAACUGUUGAUAAAGGUUGUGAUUUGUUGACUGCUACACCUGGUCGUCUUGUUGACUUGAUCGAACGUGGCCGUGUUAGUUUAUCAAAUAUUCGAUACUUGGUGCUUGAUGAAGCUGAUCGUAUGUUAGAUAUGGGUUUUGAACCCCAAAUUAGACGUAUUGUUGAACAAGAAGACAUGCCCGGAGUGGAUGGACGACAAACACUUAUGUUUAGUGCAACAUUUCCACGUGACAUUCAAAUACUUGCACGAGACUUUUUAAAGGACUAUGUAUUUUUAAGUGUUGGAAGAGUUGGAAGUACUAGUGAGAAUAUAACACAGAAGAUAGAGUAUGUAGAGGAUGAUGAUAAGCGAUCAAUUUUGUUGGAUAUACUUCAUUCACAACCAGGAGUUGAGCAAGGUGGUCUAACGUUGAUUUUUGUUGAGACAAAACGUAUGGCAGACAUGCUAUCAGACUAUUUGAUUCAAGCAGGCUACCCAGCAACAUCUAUUCAUGGUGAUAGAUCACAACGUGAGCGAGAGAGAGCAUUGGAUUCAUUCAGAUCUGGACGUACACCUAUUAUGGUAGCAACCGCAGUGGCAGCCCGUGGACUAGAUAUUCCUAAUGUCACACAUGUCAUCAAUUAUGACCUUCCAACAGAUAUUGACGAUUAUGUACAUAGAAUUGGACGUACAGGACGUGCCGGUAAUGUUGGAUUAUCAACGGCAUUUUUCAAUCGGAAUAAUAAGGGAAUAGUAAAAGAUUUAAUUGAGUUGUUGAGAGAGGCAAAUCAAGAAAUUCCUGGAUGGUUGGAGACUGUAGCAAGAGAAGUACAAUCUUAUAGUGGCACUCGCAGCACUCGUGGACGUGGUAGGGGUGGUGGUGGACAAAAUAGAGAUUAUAGAAAGUUUACUGGUAGUAGCAGUGAGCGAGGAACUUAUGGAAGUAGUUCUGGUGCAAAUGACAUUUAUUAUGGUGGAUAUGGAACAUAUAGCGGUAGUGGAACAGGUGGUUAUGGUACAGGUGGAGGUGGAAGCAGUGGUGGUUAUGGAUCGGCAACGAAUGGAUAUAAUAACAAACAAAGUUGGUGGUAA